UUAUUUGUUUUUCUUUUUAAUAAUUAAUUAUUUCUUCAAGGGGUUGGUCCCAAUGACUCCAUGUUACGACAUCUUGAUUGUAUUUUAUUCAAGUUUUAUACAAAUCAGUAAAAAUGUAAGCAAAGCAUCAAGAUCAGAGUCAAUAGUUUGUAUCUAUCGUCACUGUGUGUUUGUGUGUGUAAUAAGUGUGAGUUUUUUUAUAUAUAUUCAUACCCAACUUCCACUUUAAUCAUCUUCUUCCUUCUUUUGCCACGCAUCCCCCCUUUCUUUUUCUUAUUUACAUUAAAUUGAAAUAUGGAAUCGAAAAAAGACAGGGGUGAAGUGAGGAUUCAUGAAAAUUUAGAUGAACUUAGCACAGAUUUGGCUGAUUACGUGGCAGAAUUAUCAGAGGCAUCUGUGAAAGAACGUGGCGUUUUCGCCAUUGCUUUAUCUGGAGGUUCUCUCAUUAGCUUAAUGAGGAAUCUAUGUGGAGCUCCUUAUAACAAAACCGUAGAUUGGUCUAAAUGGUAUAUAUUUUGGGCCGAUGAACGUGUGGUUGCCAAAAAUCAUGUCGAUAGUAACUAUAAACUUGCGAAAGAUCAUCUUUUGUCUAAGUUACCUAUUGUUCCGAGCCAUGUACAUUCCAUCAAUGAUUCCCUCACAGCGGAAGAAGCUGCAACCGAAUACGAGUUUGUAAUCAGACAACUUGUGAGGACACGUGUCAUCAAUGUGUCUGAAGUCAGCGACUGCCCGAAGUUUGACCUAAUCCUACUUGGCAUGGGCCCAGAUGGACACGUGGCGUCUUUGUUCCCUAACCAUUCGGUUCUUGAAGAAAAAAACGAGUGGGUGACAUUCAUCACCACUUCACCUAAACCUCCGCCCGAAAGAAUCACCUUCACACUGCCCGUUAUCAACUCUGCCGCCAAUGUGGUGGUGGUGGUGACAGGUGGCGGAAAGGCGGAAGCUGCCAGGCUGGCGAUAGAUGAUGUGGGACCCGAGUGUGAGGUGUUGCCAGCUAGGAUGAUUGAACCGGUUGUUGGGAAGUUGGUUUGGUUUUUGGAUAGCCAAGCGGGUUCAAAGCUUAAGAGCUUUUCUUAAUUUUCUAAGUAGAGAGGGUUAUGCUCUUAAUGUUAGUGGAGGGAUUCAUACCUGUUUUUGGAUAGUUUUUCAUUGUUUUUUGGGUACCCAUGUGGCAAAAACGUGAUUUACCCUUUUUUGGGGUUUUUUUCAUUUGCAAGAGGUGUUUGACAACUUUACCCUUGGAAUUACAUCUUUUGGACUCUUUUGUGCA